AUGGAAGAUUGCGAAGUGAUCGAACCGGCGGAUGUGAUAAUCGUCGAGGGAAUUCUCAUAUUUUACGAUCAGGAGCUGCGAAAUCUUUUCGAUAUGAAGCUUUUUGUGGAUGCUGAUUCGGACGAUCGCUUAGCGCGACGUGUCCAAAGAGAUACGCGUGAGAGAGGUCGAUCACUCUCUCAGGUGCUGCAUCAAUAUCUGAAUCUUGUGAAGCCAGCUUUUGAAGAAUUCUGUUUACCGACCAAGAAGUACGCAGAUGUUGUGAUCCCGCGUGGUGUUGAUAACGAGGUUGCAAUUGAUCUGAUAUUGCAUCAUAUCCAUGAAAUUCUGCGCUCACCAAGCCCCUCUAGUCAUUCCUCUUUGGAUGGAUCUGUUGCCAGUGCCCCUGAUCGUACGCCUUCUUUAACCCGACCACAUUGA